UUUUCUCAGUGUUUCCUCCACCUCUCAUGCUCUCACACGGCGCAGUCUUUCAGAGACACAGCGUGGAGGCUGCUCACUUUCACACACACACACACACAUGCACACACACCCUCUGAAGAGCAACAUGCCCAGGUUACCUCAUUACUGCCUGAUAGCUGUGUGCCUGGCAGGAUAUAUGCUACUACAUCCACACUGCUGCGCUGGCCAGGAUGACACGAUAUAUGACUACGACUCCACACCACUGCCAGAAUACGACUACAAUGCCACAUUUGAGUACACUUUCUACAGCAACGGCAGCAGUGAAGAUUUGGAGAAGUUUUUCAACGAAAAUAAAAUAGAUGAUGAAGACGCUGUUACAGAGACAAACGAUGAAGAUCAAGAACCUACUGCGCCCUCAACUUCACAAAAUCAGGCCUCUAGGACAGUGUAUCCCAGUUUACUGCUAACAGUGGUCCUAACUGCUCAUCAGAUGUACAGAUUUCUAUAAUCCACAUUCCAUACAUCAUAGGACACUGCCACAUGUACACACGAGGAGGCCAAAAGUAGACAUGUCACAAUAGACAGAGGGCCAGAGGUUUGGCUAAUUGAAAGAAAUGGAGAAUGAGCAAUUAAGAGGAACAGGCUGGAUGACAGACACAAAGACAUACAAAUGGACAGACAGACUCAUACAUGAAUGCACACUCGCCCACAAACCUCUCACUUCAAAGACGCAGCUAUCUCCUUCCUGCUCCAGCAUACAACAGUAGAGUAAGCACAGAGGAUUCACAGGAGCUUAAUGAAUAAAUAGGACAGGCUACUGAAAGAGAAUCAGAGCUCAUUAAACUCAGAGCCUCCUUUUGUUAAUUCACUCUUAAAGUGUGUCUUACACGGUGAAAAAGGAGCCAAAAAGAAAGCCUUGGUAAGAUCUUGGUAAGUCCGAAAUUAAAUAAAGACAUCAAGGUUUAAUGAAUGUAAAAUUAAUCAGCAAAUGAAAUGUUACAAAUUAAUGCUUUUGAUUCAAUGUUAAGGGACCUUUUUUUUCAAAUAAAAUAAUAUAAUACAGUAUUGUUAGGGAAAUGAGAUUCUAAAAGGACUUAAAGGAUUAUCAGAGUCUGAGUGUGUGGGUGUGUGCGUGUGUGUUCAUAAGUGUGCGUCUGUUAUUAUAUUACUGUACUUUUACAUUCUCAUUUAAAACUAGUGACAUUUCAUUAUAUUACAGUAGUACAUUACAGUAGCUGCAUCCCAAAGCCUAGGCUGCAGUCGAGGUAGGCGGAUCCUCAGUAGAACUGUCCUAUGAGGAAUUCUUUUCAGUAGCUUAUUGGUCACACAUAGACAUAAAGGCUAAGCAUAUAGAUAUAUUUGCUGUUUACUAUAAGUUUGUGUAUGCAUGAUGCUAAUCUGCAUAUUUUGCGUCUUUUUGGCGCGUUGGUUUUGCACAACCUCAGGCAUUAAGGCAUUAAGGGAGGUGUCAACCUGAUGAAAAAAGUUUUGAAGACAGGCCAGAGCUGGUUUAAGAAGAGCCCCCCUAUCUCCCUAUCCCCCUAUCUCCCCUGUUAAUUCAGAAAAUGGUGUAAAUUAUUCCUUAAUGAAUACUGGUGAAUGGAGCUACCGGAUAUAAACUACUUAAAAAUUACUACUUUUCCCAGAUAUUAAUUUAUUUUUGGGAGGUAGUAGUGAAAUGGUUUUUUUUAGCAAAAAAGGCUAAGAAAUCGAACCUAUAUUUGUGCAUUUUACUACAGUAAACAGAUUUUAGGCAAUAGAGAGGCUAGAAUUACUGCUACCAUGAACUGACUGAGAGCGACAGAUCAGACCGAGCAUGUUUAUUGUAAACUGUAUAGGUUCAAAAUCUUUAAAUAUUAUGUGUUCAUUGAUGAAACAUUUUUAGGUAGUUUUCUAUUGAGUAAAAUUUUAUUAUGAAAAUGAUCAAAUGCUCCAUAUUAACUCACUCCGGAUUCACUCUGGAGCGCCCUCUAGUGUAAGACAAACCCAGUACAAACUCAUAAGUGGUAGCCUACCUGCAUCUACAGUAUCUGUAGUAAACAGUUACAUUCAUAAGGAAGGUGUUGUCUACACAACCUCAUGGCUAAACAGCAAGUAUAUCUCUACCCUAAUGUGACUCUGUAUUGAGUUCAAAAGAAAAACACUUCAUAGGUUUUAAUUAUAAUGCAGUUUUCCGUUCCUUCGUAUUUCAAAUACACCGAGAAUACGGGUAACUGAGGGCUACAAAGGAUGUACAGUAUCAGUGUCCUGAUACUGUAAAACCACCCCCAUUUUUCAGCUGUACAUGAAAUUUUCUAUUCUUUGGAACUGUCUUCUGUAAUGAAGCCAACUAGAAACACAGCCCACCACAGCUCCCGCCGAGGCUUUGAAAUGUAGCUAUUGAGUCUUAUCAAAUCCAGCCUGCCUUACACAGGCCUCCUCACAUUCUGAUAGAUAUUACUGAAAAACAACAGAAAUCCAGUUAGUGAUUGAAACAGAGAGCUAUUUCUGUACACCUUCUCACCUUCCCUGAUACCAGCCAGCAGUUUCUUACCUGCAGUGAAACAGCACACAUUUUCACCUCUAGUACCGCGUCACUCACAACCAAUUCCAACCCUGACACGAGUCACACUUUCCUCUUUUUACUAAACCAAACUCAAUUUUAUUACAUGUUUUAAUCAAGCAGACACACUCUGAGUGUGAGAGCAGAAGCCAUAGCUCCAGCAGGAGUCACACCACUCUUCAGAUGCAUUUUAGUAUGGCAGAGUUUAACUGAAUGCAUGACGUACACACAGGCACUUUCCUAAGCCAAUGCACUUCUUCCAUUCAACACCACUUUCUCAGUGUUUCUGGGUGGAUGAACACUUUGCAGCACAUGUUAUUGUCUGAAUUUUGAAAUAUUAAAUGUUGCAUUCAUGCUUUUUUUGUUUAGUUUUUUUGUCCUAUUUGAGGAUGAAUUGUAAUUGUUGUGAGCCAAUAAAGAUAUCUGUAUGUCUUGUUAAUAAUUUUGAAUAAAUAUUUUUAAAUACA